AUGGCGGUUUUGUCGGACAGAGUUCUGAGGUCGGCGACGCGGGCGGCAGCGGCGGCAGCAAAAGAGUUGAUAAAUAAGGCACGAGGGCCCACAGGGGCCAAGUCGGCAGCACCCGAACUGCCCAAGGAUGAGAUUCUCGCCCCGGAGGGCGAGAAGGAGGGCGGGAGUCCACAAGAGAAACAAAGCGGCCAACAGGCCAAGGUGACAAGCGAGGAGCAGGAAGGCAGGACACAGCCACACGUCAAUCAAUUUGCUCCCAUUGAUGAACCCGCACUUAAUUAUGGAAACAACACCACGGAUUCAUCACUGAUCCCGGUGAUAGCUCAAGGCAACGAUGGCCUAGACCUGAUUGCGAGGUUCGACGCUGACGCCAGUGGAGAAGAGUCGACGAGCGACCAAGACCACCACUCCCUCACCUCCUAUCUUGCCCCCUCCUCCCCUCCACAAGCAGACCCGAUGAGCAUGGAAGACCACGACCAGCAGCGGCUGUCUGCUCUGGAGACCAGCAUAACGAAUAUCGAAGCCGUGCUCACCCGGCUCAUCACCCAACAACAACAACCGCCCCCUGCCCCUGCCCCUGCUCCAGCUCCGGCAGCGGGUCCAGGUGUUUCUGCUGGCGCUAACUCUGCGCGCCCCCUCAUCCGUCCAAACCCCCCUUUCGUCUUUGAUGGGGAUCGCACCCUGGGCAAGAGCUUCUUGCACUCCGUGAAGCAGUACUGGCGGCUGCUUCCCGAAGUGUUCUUCGAGAGCGGGGUAGUCUCGGAGGAAAAGGUAGUCCGUUUUGCCCUGUCCUACAUGUCCAAGGACUCUGCGGCUUCCUGGUCCGAGCGCAUGUCCGAGCGCACCCCGUUCCCCUUCCCCACUUGGACUCUCUUUGUCACCGAGUUCAAGCUCCGAUUCGUCGAGGAGAACGAGCAAGACCACGCCCUGGCGCGACUGGAGACCCAUCUAUAUUAUAUGGGCUCGCGAGAUGUGUUCAAGUACACGGACGAGUAUGACGACCUCCUUGACCUUGCCGGUUAUACCGACAACCUGGUCAAGGUGACCAAAUAUAGGACAGGGCUGGAUCCGAAGAUCAACCAGGCCAUCACCACCUCUGGCAACCCUCCCAGCCUCACCGACUACGCCGAAUGGCGUGUCCGUGCUUUCCGGCAGUACAAUGCGGAAAUUGCUGCCAAGGCAUCUUGGGGGCAUGCUGCCCCUCCCCCUCGGGCACCUCCCAUCGCCCAACGUCCUCGUGCCCCGGUGCUCCCUGCUGUAGCACCAGCUGUUGCCGCCCGCCCGGCGCCGGCCCCUGUUGCCCACCCUGUUCCCAUGGAGGUCGACCGAGCCCGGCUCCGCGGUGAUCUGACAUCCGUCAUGCUGAUGUCCUUGACGAGGUCAUCAAUCAGCUGGGAAGCGAGUUGCUCUCCGAGUUGGUCGCUCGGGUAG